AUGAAACUAAAGUUGUCAGAGCUGCCGGUGGGCACGAACGCGUCCAUUAUAGAUGUGUUUACAACUGCUGCCCCUAUCGUCCGUUUCCGACUACAAUUUACUGAUGAUCGUCGUACAAAGGAACUACGUUGGGUGCUUUUUGCUUCAACACAACGUGGUGCCAUUGGAAAACUUAUUUUUACCUUAGAGAAGAAUGGAACGGCUCAUGUCAAGUCUGUAGUGGUCGAUACGGAGUUUCGUGGCUUAGGCUUGGCCCGUGUGCUUUAUUUGGCAACGCUUGCUACGUUAGAGGAAAAACAAGUGCGUGCACUCUAUUUAGAAGCCGAAGAAGACUCGAAACGGUUUGGUAAAUUGGUAGGACUUUAUCAUGGAUGGGGAUUUUCUGAAAUGCCCGAGGUACAGAAACUUUUCCUUUAUAAUGGCAACGAUUGCUUUCGCAAAGUGUCAAUGGUGUCGGUUUUCGAGAAUGACACUUUUUUUCCGAUUCAACCCAAAGAUAGCACGUGGUUCUGCAUGAUAACGUUGCAGACUCCAGAUGGUGCUUGUCUUGUGGCUGGAGAGGACGGAGACGUGACUUUGAGCUCCAAGAGCAAUGGAUGCAUGUGGCAAACAUUACUUGGUGCCACGGGAGAAAUUUCUCUUCGCAGUGUUUACGGUAAGUUUUUAUGUGUGGAAGAAGAUGGCACGAUUUUAGCCGAUCGUGCGCUGAAUUCAACCUGGGAGACAUUUCAACUUGUACCACAACAUGAUGAUGAGGUUGCUGCAACUGCUGGUGGUGUGGCACUUCGUAGCUUCCACGGGAGUUAUUUGUGCAUCAAUUCAUCUGCAAAACGAGUCGAGGUAUUAGAUCAUCCCGUGCCUUGGGAUGGUGGUGACGCCAUGUCGUUGGUUUGCAACAAGGCAGGUGCAUACCCGCUUCUCGACAAAAUUAUGCGAAAGUAUCAAACGACUGCGUUUGUAAAGAAACAAAUAGCCAAGUACGGGGACUUGCAACAUGCAAGAUUGUCAGUCCCAGAAGCUUGCAAGUGUGUGAUGGAACUAACUGGUGACUUAGACCGAACGAAGAGCUGGGUGAUCAAGUACAUGUUAGCUACGGCAGCUGCCGUGAAGAAGGACGGACACCCCGAUUGGCUGCAACUGACUGUUUUUCUUCGCGCUUUAGGAAUGUUGUUCUUGUGCUGGACAGACGACGAGAAUGCUGCGUUGCGCAGUAUUUCAGCGAAAGAGUGGCUGGCCAAGAACUCGACGUGGGUUGUAGGUGAGGCUAUUCCACACUCGAUCAGAUUUUCGGAGCUGAAUGAGCUGAAUGAGGACCAUUGCAAUGCUUUGAAGAGUGAAUGUAGCGCUGCUAGUCAUUGUGGCUUGGAGCACGUCAUGCUGCCAUGGACUCCGGAUGAAUAUCUACAUCGUGUGUUGUCCCUUAACAAGACCACGCUUCCUGCAGAAGCUUUGGACAUCGUUCGUUUCUGGUCGCUUAAAACGUGGUAUGAGCAGGAUAACUACGAGGAUUUGUGCGCACCUCAGAAUGCGGACACCAAGGAAUGGAUUAGCUCACUCGGCAGAGUGGCUUCUGUGUCGGAGAGUACUGUGGAGAACAUCGUUGUCGAUGAUGAACUUGAGUAUUACUUGCAGCUUGCCAAGAAAUAUCUGCCCGAGACACUCGAGUGGUGA